CUCGUGUUCCCCACAAAAGGGUCUUUCACACCUUUCACUUUUCCCCAGGACCGGUCAGUCCGCCUUAUAUAAAGUUGGUCAUCGCUGGAAGAUUCUAACCUCCGCUAAUCUCUCUCUUACUCGACCUUUAUCCACUGCAAACUACUUUCGCAUAACGAUCGGAUCAGAUCACUGAUUCACAGGUUGAAAUUCGAGUUUCGAGUCAAGUUCGAGUCGAGAAAAUUGGCGUCAUGGCUUUAACGAUAGCAGCACACCCAAUACUAGUCAGAGACCACGCAUCGCGCGUAACACGGGCGGGAUCCGUUCUCGUUGACACAACCAACUUGCACCGUCGUAUCAGGUCUUCACCAUCGACGAAGCACUAUAACCUUCUUUUCCCACUCUCCUCCCGCCCCUGCAAAGCCCCACCCACCCUUUCCCUUUCAGCGACAUGCGCUAGUUCCUCGCAGUCGCAAGCGCUCCUGCCAUCUCCCCUCGAUCUACCAGACGUACGGAGUGUCAUACCCUUCCCUUCCACGUUGUCCGCAGAUGAUGUUGCUAGCCUAAUGGAUGUCAAUAUGUUCGAUGGGACAACAGAUAGCGUUGAUUCGCAGUCUUUCCUAUCAACCCCGUUUUCAUCCUGUAACGACAUCGCCUCCCCGUGCUCUGCGCAGGUUCGACUUCGCAAACGGCGUUCCCAAGCUAUCGCCACGCUCUCCCAGCCAACAAGUCCCAGACGGGAUAAAAAGGCCAAGACAAGGGAGAAUAGCAGAUCCUGGAGUGCAGACACGACUGUGCGCAAGCGGUCUCGUAAGAGUUGGCGCCAAGUCGCGGACUUGAUGUUCCUCGCCACCGUCCAUCGCAGCCUCAUAUCGAACUGCAGUACAGAUCCGUGCUACUGCGUUCGCGGGGAGGAUGUUGCGCCGGUAGAUGCACAGACCCUUGAGGGGCAGGAUGUGCUCCUGGCGCGCAAGAUCCAGACACGACUGAUCGAAUAUGGAUGGUCAUUGGUAAUCGAUGGCAUCCCGGAGGUGUCUCGCGAUAAUGACGCAUCCAUUCCUUCUUGCGCGCAAGAAGAGUCAUCUCGAUCUAUACACUACGACGCAGUCCUCAACCUCCGCAGCCUAUCAUCUGACACGCCCUCGCCACGAUCAUCCCCACCGCCCACAAGCACCCCCAUGCCCUCCGUCCUCACUAUGCCUCAGCUCGUCGCUACGCUGACGAUGCGAUACAAUGACCGAUGUAGCACGCGUUCGCGCUCGAGCUGGAAAGCUCGCCGUGCUGAUUUAUCUUCUGGCCAUUUCGUCGAGCGGAAGUCGUCCCUGUCUGUGGCUUGUAGCUAGCAGACUUGUGCGUGCUGACUUCCCUGCUCUGAUGAGGCAGAGAUUGAAUCUUUGCUGCCAGGCUUCGUAUCUUGGCGCCGACGCGUCAUAUAUCUUCGCCGCGGCCACGACGCAUCGUAUCUUUGCCACGAUGCUUCACACCAUUGCCACGAGGCUUCAUAUAUUUGUCAUGAGGCAUUUAUCUUUUUUAUGUAUUUUCACGACGUUUAACGGGCGCUACGACAUGUCAUACUGUGUAUUGAUAGUCAUUUAAUUCUUCGCGCGGGACACGGUUGAGUACUGAGUACGUAUACCCGCUAAUUCGUGUUCAUCUACGUAGUGCUGUGCAAGACGAUGUUAUGAUUCAGUUAAUUGUGAUUACAUUGGUCAAAUUUCAAAUGCGAGAUGGAAACUUGGUCCUAUUGAA